UGGCGAUAAACAGACUGUGGUCGGUAUUCGUGUUUCAACAUUUUAGUACUUGACAUUUAUCAUAGGUUCUUCUACGAGGCAAACCGCACUGAAAGAAAUAUGGGGUUGUUGUUACGAUCAGUGACAUGCGCUCUGUUGUGCUUUGGCGUUGCAUCGUCGGCCAUGUUUAUGAGGACGAUAAAUUCGCGGUCCAGCGAGAGACCUGGCGCCCCCACGAAGUCUCACAGCUGUUGGAACGUAAGAGCUGUCCCUGGGGAACUCCGCAGUGCUGCUAAUAUGGGCCCUAGCGGGAUAAGUGCAUACUAUCAGAAAUAUACUGAGGCCUACGGGAUACCAAUAUUAGGUUCUGUACAUGUACCUGACAAUGCACUAAAACGCGCGUGUUAUGUCGUAAGAUUCCUGCUUGCCGACAGACAAGACAUUCGUCUUUCCUACUACAAACAUUUCGGCCGUUUCGCCGUGUAUGCGAUGAACGAAGUCACCCGAAGCAUCCCGGAGCAUGCGUAUUUGGAUUCCUAUUGGGACAGUAUAGCACGUGGUUUCGGAGCCUCGUUGUCAGCCCCUGUGGCCACUUGCGCCGAGGAGAACGCUCUCUGUUAUUCCUCGGAUACCUUUGACCCCAACGAUGACGUCGCUCUGCACGAGUACGGGCACGGGCUCCAGGCCCUUGGAGUGCAUUUUGCUAUCCCCGGAUUUAAAAGCCGCCUGAAAAGGGCGUAUGCCAGCGCUCGUUCUCGGGGCCUGUGGACUGACACGUAUUCCAUCACCAAUGAGGUCGAAUACUGGGCUAAGGCAGUGCAAAGUUAUUUUAACGCCAACACCCAGAGAGCCUCUGUGAACAAGGACGGUCCCGUCCGCACCAAGGACGACCUGAAGAAUUACGACCCUGUUGCCUAUGCCUUAGUCCAGGAGAUCUUUCCAUGUAACAACCACUAUAUCAACAGAUGUGGCAAUAGUCAAACUCUUCGAUCACAGGAGCAUGCGCAGCAGUUACGGAUGAACUGCGUCGCGACCGUCCCGGUCACCAUACCGGCUAUCAGUCCUGCCACAGGUACGGGGUCCGGCUCAGGGUCCGGCACGGGGUCCGGAAGUUGCUUUGACAAUCACGUUUACUGCAAGGACUGGUCUCAGAACGGCCAAUGUUCCUAUAACAAGGCCUAUAUGGAACAGAAUUGCAGGAAGAGUUGUAACUUGUGCUCUUCUGGAACCAGUACGUCAGAGAACUGUGCAGAUGGUCAUGUUUACUGCAAGGACUGGUCUCAGAACGGUGAUUGUUCCAGGAACAAGGUCUAUAUGGAGCAGAACUGCAGGAAGAGUUGUAACUUGUGCUCAACUGGUGUCGAUAUAUUGGAAAACUGUAAAGACAAGCACGCCUACUGUUCUGACUGGAAUGUGAUAGGGAAAUGCUCUACCAAUAGGGUCUAUAUGGCAAAGAGCUGCAAAAAAAGUUGCAACCUCUGCGCGGCAGGAACUCAAACUGAAAGUUGUGAAGAUUCGCAUACAAACUGCAAGUACUGGGCAGAGACAGGCGUGUGUGCCAGCAAUCCCGCUUACAUGCAGCAAAACUGCAGGAAAAGCUGCAAUCUUUGUUCAAGCACUCAGACCGGAAGUUGUGCAGACCAGGGCACCCACUGCCAGUAUUGGUCUGAGAUUGCCAUGGCUUGUGCAUUAGCCAUCCUGUUUGCCGCAUCACUCCUUGCACUGUAUGGGAGCUCUGCCGAUUGUGAGGACGAUGUUCCAGAAGUUGGCGGCCGAGACAACACAAAGCUCGAGAAACGAGUUGCCGUCUUGGAGUUCCAACUGCGACAACUUCUUGGAGGGAACUCCAUGCAAUCUCGCCGUUCUUGCUCUGACUGGCUGGCUGACGGUUUUCUCACCAGUCGCCAUUACAUAGUUGACCCAGACGGCCUCCGCGGUGUCCCAGAAUUCCAAGUGUGGUGUGACAUGUCGGUGUCGCCACCUAUCGCCGUGUUUCACCACGACCAAGAGGACAGAACGCUGAUCCAUGGUUUUGAACAGCCAGGCUUAUAUCACCUAAAAAUAUCUUAUGCCAUUUCGAGGCAGCAGAUGAAAGCACUGAUGAGGAUGUCGGGACCUUGUAGCCAGCAUGUAAAAUAUGAAUGCCAUAAUACAAUAAUUCACAAUAUCGCCAACAAUGUAUCGUCCAGUUGGUGGAUUGCAGACGGACAGGAAGUCAAAUCCUAUUGGCCAGGUGGAAAUGCGCAAGUUGGUGGUUGCGCAUGUUAUAAAACCAAGAGUUGCAGCGGGGGCAAAAAGUGUAACUGCAACUUGAACGACAAUAAUUGGCGGGAAGAUAGUGGUGACGUCACAGACAAGGAAGCACUUCCGGUUACUGGUUUUAGGCUGGGUGACAGUGGCGAUAAUGUCGAAAAGGCCUACAUAACUAUUGGGCCAUUAAAGUGCCAAAAUUGAUAUAAAAUUACUCGGUGCAAAAUUAUAGCAAUCUUUGAUGUGAAAUAAAGCCUCAUCCUGA